AUCUGAAUGUGGCAAAAGUUUAAUCAGAACAGAUCCCUUUGGAUUCAUGGAAGAACUCACCCAGAAGAGAUGCCCUACAAGUGCUUCCAAUGUGGUAAAUCCUUUAAGAAAAAUGACAACUUAGUGAUACAUCUGAGGACUCACACAGGAAAUAAACUCUUUGAUUGUCCUGAUUGUGGGAAAAGUUUCAGUAAGAAUUCCAGCCUGGUAAGUCAUCAAAGGGCUCACACAGGAGAGAAACCCUUUGAAUGUCCUGUUUGUGGGAAAGGUUUCAGUAAGAAUUCCAGCCUGGUAAGACAUCAGAGGACUCAUAUAGGAGAGAAACCAUUUGAAUGUCCUGUUUGUGGGAAAGGUUUCAGUGAGAAUUCCAGCCUGGUAAGACACCAGAGGACUCACACAGUUGAGAAACCCUUUGAAUGUCCUGAUUGUGGGAAAGGCUUCAGUAAGAAUUCUGACUUGGUGAACCAUCAGAGGACUCACACAGGAGAGAAACCCUUUAAAUGUCCUGUUUGUUGGAAAAGUUUUGGUCAGAAUUCUCGCCUGGUGAGCCAUCAGAGGACUCACACAGGAGUAAAACCCUUUGAAUGUCCGAUUUGUGGGAAAAGUUUCAGUCAGAAUUCCAACCUGGUGAAACAUCAAAGGACUCACACAGGAGAUAAACCCUUUAAAUGUCCUGUUUGCGGGAAACGUUUCAGUCAGAAUUACAACCUGGUGAGCCAUCAGAGGACUCACACAGGAGAGAAACCCUUUGAAUGUCCUGAUUGUGGGAAAAGUUUCAGUGAGAAUUCCAGCCUGGUGAAACACCAGAGGACUCACACAGGAGAAAAACCCUUUCAAUGUCCUGUUUGUGGGAAACGUUUCAGUCAGAAUUCUGUCCUGGUGAACCAUCAGAGAACUCACACAGGAGAGAAACCCUUUGAAUUUCCUGAUUGUGGGAAACGUUUCUGUUACAAUUCCAACUUGGUAAGACAUCAGAAAAUCGACACAGGAGAAAUGUGAACCUGGUGAUAUACCGGAAGACUCACAGAGGAGACAGAUCUUUCUGUGGAUGAUGCUUCUGGCAUGCAUUGUUCAUUAUUGGCCACAUGGAAAUCCAACUGAGGGAAGUUGAUGAGUUUGAAUUUCAUUUCUCAUCUCUCAUUAGGAGUGUAGGUGAAAACAUAUCUCAGAAUUAGAUUUGUAAGUGGAGAGAAAAUGGAAAAUGACUAACCUGUUUCUCGUUAUCAGCAGCAAUUUCAUUUUUGGAAAAGUAGUGGAAUUCCUCAAAAAGGCUUUUGGGUGGUGUUUUUUGUAUAUUGAUUAUGGAAUUCCCACACGUGGAAUUUCUGUCUUCUACCUUGGUGUCCUCCAUAUUUUGAGCCCCAGAAUUCCCCAGUCACCAUAAAAGUAGUCCUCUAGAUACAACUGUAAUGGGGCCUGUCAGUUACGGUUGCAUCUUGCAGUGGUUGUUAAAUGAGAUUACUUUGCUUAAAUACCUAUCCCCUUCUCUCCCCGAGGAAGCUGUUAAACAAAUGUUCAAGUCAUUAAGCAGAACAGUGACUACCUCAGGGUUGUGGGAAUCUCUUGGAGGCCUAGCCUCCACUACCCACCCUUUGGGUCCGCACAGGCAUUUUCCUAUUCCCACUCAGUCCCUACAGUUGUUAGGCCUGACUCCCAACCCACCAGGCAUCACAGCCUCCUCCUUCUCCAUACCUUUCGAAGAUCUCUGAACCUCAUGUUGGUGAAGGAAAGCAAGAACGCAUUUGUGGGCUUCAUGACUCUGUCAUGGAAGCAGCUGUUAUUUUGAGUGUGCCUGGGAUUCAUGCCUGGUCAUGUGGCAGACUUGUGGAAGUAGCUGCCAUUUUGUCAUGCCUGCCUCUGUAUCAAAAUGGUGGCUGCUUCUGGGUCAUUGUUACUAGGACAAAAUAUUCAGUUUUACAGUAGACUGUAGACUGCAUAAAGGAAUUGUGGGUGCACUGAAAAUGAUGGCUGCCUCUGAGAAAUCCCCAAAAGGGCAGGCCAAGUAUCCCUGGGCCGUAUGCUAAUUACCACUUGUGCCAGUAUUGUGCUGUAUAGCGCUGCCACUGCUGAAAAAACCCAAUGUAGUCCCAGGCUGCAUCAACAGGGGCAUAGUGCCAGGGACAAGAAUCAGUGAUAAGAGUUCCAUUACACUGUACUGGUGAUAGCAGAUCUAGAAUAUUGUGUCAAGUUCUGGCCACCAUGAUACAACCAAUCCCAUGUUGCUAUGAUUCUAUAAAUUUAGAGGUAGUUUCGAAAAUAGGUCCACAGUAGCACCAUAAACGUAGUUGUGGUUAAGGGAUUUUUUCAAAAGGUUAUUUUAUUCAAAAUAUUAA